AGCAAUACUUCGAGUUCGCCAAGAUUCCUUCUGAUCAACAAGUCUCCUUAGCCUCAUUUCACAUGGAGGGCAUUGCCCUACAGUGGUGCAGGUGGUAUACAAAGUUCAAAGGACCACUCACUUGGGGAGAACUCACUCAAGCAGUUUUGCAGCGCUUCGGCCCGACCGAUUUUGAAGAUCCGUCUGGAGCACUCUCUCACCUGACACAGACAACUAUAGUUGCUGCCUACACAGAGUCGUUCGAACAGCUCUCCCAUCGUGUCGAUGGCCUUCCGGAACCCUUCCUUAUCGGUUGCUAUAUAGCCGGUUUGAAAGAGGAGAUACAAUAUGAUGUUAAAGUAAAGAAACCCAAGAAUCUCUCGGAAGCCAUAGGUGUAGCCCGCGUAAUUGAAGAAAAGAACAACACUCAAAAAAGGCACCCCUCAAGCAAUCGCUUCACACCCGCCGGCUCAUCUACACGUUCAACCCUGUCCAGCCCUGGACUCUUGGGUCCGCAUCCGAAUGCACAAUCAGCAGCCAAGCCUGCUGCCCCCUCUCAAAAUCCAGUCAGACGCAUCACUAAUGCCGAAGCCAAGGAGCGACGAGACAAGGGUCUUUGUUACUAUUGUGACGAGAAGUUCUUCCCAGGUCAUCGAUGCUCCAAGCCUCAAUUGUUUAUGAUUUGUGAGGCCACAGUUGAAGAACCGAUAGAACCUGCAGAUCAGGUUGCUGAAAUCUUACCCCAAAAUGACAUGCCUGAAGUUUCGUUCCAUGCAAUAACAGGUACCAUGCAUCCACAGACAAUUAGGCUCAUGGGGAAAAUCGGGAACAAACAAGUUAUGGUCAUUGUUGACGGAGGAAGCACCCAUAAUUUCAUUGAACAUUCUUUGGUUACCAGGUUUGGACUCGUAAUCCAUCGGGAGGAAACGUUUGAGGUCAUGGUGGCUAAUAGGUAACGGAUUUCAUGUGUCGGUCUAGUCCGAGACCUCACGUUAACCGUACAAGGCUAUACCAUCACUACCGACUACUACGUUCUACCAGUAGCUGCAUGCCAGAUAGUCCUUGGGGUUCAAUGGCUGAAGACACUUGGGCCAGUCAAAUUGGACUAUCAACGUCUCACCUUGCGGUUCAAGAUUGGGA